CCCGGGGGUCGCUAACCCGAUAAGGCAUGGCAUCCGCCGUCCAACGCUGUCUGGACCAUCCAUCCGUCAUCCUCCCUCGCUCCCUCGCUCCCUCCCUCUCCCUGCUCUUUCUUCUCUUCCACAUCCCUUUCGACAAUCUCUAGACGACCCCUCUUUCUCAUUGAUCCUUUACGCCUCUUGUCACCUCCGAAAUCCCUGACACUCCUCUUCGAGACUCCUUCUUCGUGACCGGUGCUGGUUUCCGGUCUCUGAUCUAUUCUUCUCCCUCCCCCCGCGCUGCCGCCGCCGCCGCCGCCUCCGUCUGUUGUGACGUUCUCCCUUGCAUACCGUGCUACUGAUUAUACCCUCCUGAGCAAUGAAGAUAACUUCCUUGACUACGUGAAGAGUUUCCAUCAUAUACACAAACUUGCGACCUUUAUCUCAACAUCCCUGCCUCCCUCCUGUGGCCCCGAUCCAAGAUGGCUGCCCCAGCUCUCUCCACCAGUGGGUUGAUCGAUCCAACAAAACAAGCCGAGUAUCCUAUUGUGCUGGGUGACAGGCUCGCUGGCAAGGGCGCGUCGAACUCCCAAUUAGUCAACAUUCAAUAUAAUUACAAAACCAAAUCUGCGACCGCCCGAUCUAAAAUCUCUCGAUCAAGGCAAUCUCGGGACCGUUACAAUUUGACGAUCACGGACAAAGCACCAAAUUCUGAGCAGAAUGUGUUGACCUACACAUAUCAAGGCAGUGCAGAUCCGGCACAAGCUGCGCUGGAAUCUGGUGAACAUAAUCUUGUCCUGGUAUUUGACGCCAAUCGGAAAGUGUUCGUACUAGAACCGGUAACGACACAGCUCAACUUUAAUCUUCGGUCGGCCCCAGCGAAGUCACACAAGCAGGUCCUUGAACAAUAUGAGCAACUACGAACGUUGCAGGAGGAAGACCAUGGAUCGGGUGACGAUCGGGCGUCUGACAAUGCCAGUGGUAAUGAUGACGGCCCAGCGGAUGACAACAACCCUUUCGAUUUUCGUCAUUUCCUCCCAAAGGAGAACGCCGAUGACGACAAAUCCGCUUCAGACACCAGUGUAGGCAAAGCGGCGACACCCUUUAUGUCUGCCAUCAAACCCACUCCGAGUCCCAAGCCCAUGCCGGACAAGCAGAAGCAGCGGGAGCCACUGCUUCGGAAAAAGGAGCGUGCAGAGGCUGUCAAACACCCCAAGUCCACACCGACAAAAGCACCACCAAAGUCUCCGGCACGAACCGAACGUAAGGGAACUGACCGGAAGGUCGUCAAAGAGGAUGACGUGCGGGGGAGCACAGCGAAACCCCCGCCGGCCGAGACGGGUUUGGGGUUGGUCUCGUCCCAGAUCACCGAGCCUUCGCCGGGGUCAAAUAUCAUCAUCGACGGUGAUCUGAUCAUCGAAAUGGGCUCGCCGCGGCCCUCGAGAAUUGACACAACCUACUUCUCCGAUACGCACACACCGGCCAGUGACGAUCACGAGGAGGAAGACGAUGAAGAUGUUGACCAUCUCCGACUUCCCUCACCAGCCCGUCACGGGAAAGCGCCUGCAGUCCGCGAGCCUAUCACUGCGCCGCUCGUGGAUGAAGAUGAGCUGGAUGAUGAUGACGCCCUGGCCGCUGAGAUGGAAGCGGCCUUUGAAGAAAGUGCGCGGGAGGAAGAAGAGGCACGUAGCCACCAGUCGCAGCCACCAUACUCGUCGCAUCUCUACCACGCACCUAGUGAUGACGAGAGCGAGGUCAGCGAGGAAGAGUAAUGUUGUCUCUUUUACGACUCUUGUUUAUUAGCCUGUGUUUCACUCUUGUAACAAGUCUACAUGCAUAUAAGCAGGGCGCACUGUGGAGUUUACACUGUUUUACAUUGAAACCCAGCGGAGGCGGACGUUCAUGGCAAUUGAUAUAAUACCAGCUGUUGUACCGUAUGUGCAUUGAGAAGUGUACUGAAGACUGGCUGACCAGAC